UUUGGCUAUUUAUAGUCUGCAGUGCUGGUUCUGGUUCCCGACACAAUGUAGCAGAAGUCAGCUGACUAACAGACCUGAAAGAGAACUGGCGUCUGCUAGAGAGAGUGGGGGCAGAAAGCAACAGAGAGAACUGCUAAAUACCUGACUGCAUUGCAAUCUCCAAAAAUGGCUCUGUUUCUUCCAAUCAUUUUGGCUCUGUUGGUUUCGGUUAUCGGUGGCCUCUACCUGCUGGGAAUGUUCCGUAAAAGGAGACCAGACGAGCCUCCGCUGGACAAAGGCACGAUACCGUGGCUGGGAUACGCUCUAGAUUUCAGAAAAAACACGUCAACGUUUUUGCAGAAGAUGCACAAGAAGCACGGAGACAUUUUCACGGUGCAGAUUGCCGGUUAUUAUUUCACAUUUGUAAUGGAUCCUUUGUCUUUUGGGCCCAUUAUCAAGGAAUCCAAAGGAAACUUGGACUUUGAAGAAUUUGCUAAAGAUUUGGUGUUGAGAGUCUUUGGAUACCAGUCGUUCACUAACGAUCACAAAAUGCUGGAAAAGUCAAGUACAAAGCAUCUGAUGGGCGAUGGUCUGAUAGUGAUGACCCAAGCCAUGAUGGAAAACCUGCAGAACCUUAUGGUGCACAACAUCGGCAGUGGUAAAGGGGAGAGAGAAUGGCAGCAGGAUGGGUUGUUCAACUACAGCUAUAAUAUUGUCUUCCGUGCCGGCUACCUUGCAUUAUAUGGCAACGAGCCAGCCAAGAAUAAGGGGAGUAAAGAAAAGGCCAAAGAGUUUGAUCGCAAGCACUCCGAUGAGUUGUUCUAUGAGUUCCGAAAGUACGACCAGUUAUUCCCGCGUCUGGCCUACGCGGUUUUGCCUCCCAAAGACAAGAUAGAAGCUGAGAGGUUAAAGAGGUUGUUUUGGAACAUGUUAUCUGUAAAGAAAACCCUCCAAAAAGAAAACAUUAGUGGUUGGAUCGGGGAACAACAUCAGCAGAGGGCAGAGCAAGGGUUGCCAGAAUAUAUGCAAGAUAGGUUCAUGUUUUUGCUUCUGUGGGCAUCCCAGGGUAACACUGGUCCAGCCUCGUUCUGGUUUCUCCUUUAUCUACUGAAACAUCCCGAAGCCUUGAAAGCAGUAAGGGAAGAGGUGGAAGCAGUUCUAAAGGAAACUGGUCAAGAAGUAAAGCCUGGUGGUCCUCUUAUUAACCUCACCAGAGACAUGCUGAUGAAGACCCCUGUCAUGGACAGUGCGGUUGAAGAGACCCUACGGCUGACAGCCGCUCCGGUCCUUAUCAGAGCAGUGAAACAGGAUAUGAAAAUCAAGAUGGCAAGUGGGAAAGAUUUUUCCAUGAGGAAAGGAGACAGGGUUGCCCUUUUCCCUUAUAUUGCUGUCCAAAUGGACCCAGAGAUUCAUGCCGAACCUGAGAAGUUUAAGUACAACCGAUUCCUGAAUGAAGACGGCACAAAAAAGACAGAAUUCUUCAAGAAUGGGAAGAAGGUGAAAUAUUACACCAUGCCCUGGGGAGCUGGGAGCACCAUAUGCCCCGGGCGUUUCUUUGCCACCAAUGAACUGAAACAGUUUGCAUUUCUGAUGCUGACAUACUUUGAGUUUGAGCUUGUUAAUCCCAACGAGGAAAUUCCAAGUAUUGAUCCAAACCGGUGGGGUUUUGGCACCAUGCAGCCAACUCGUGAUGUUCAGUUUAGGUACAGACUCCGCUAUUAAUUAAAAGCACCCAAUUUGU